CACCAAAUCCUAUGGGGUUCUGUGAGAGGAGGGAGUAGCAGGAUGGCGGCCAGUGAAUUCAGUUUUUCGGGUAAAUCAGAAAUCCAGUGAAUAAAUAGAGAUCAGUGGGCCAGACCCGGGAACACGCGCUUAGACUUCAAUGAAAUUAUUUGUCCUGGAGCGCCAUCUGGUGCCAAAUGAGGGUGAUGCAAUGGGUGACUUAUCCCAUGCCUGGAAGUUUGGGCUGCAGAGUGUCAACAAAGCGGCUAACAUUAGCGCGCUUAAGUAAUGCACUUAGUGGAUUAUGAUGUUGAGACAGGCAUGGCGCUGGUCGCUGGUUAGAAACACUCCUGCGGGGACUGCGCGCUCUGUGGCUGCGGCCUUUCUGCCAGCCGGCAGUCCACAGCGGAGCUCAGGUGGUCGCUCCAGGGGGUUCGAAGACAUUCCCCACCCACUGAGCGACAGCUCCCAGCGGCUCCUCCAACCACAGGCGGCCCGCUACUUCAGCCUGUCCGUGUCCAUGAGCAUGGCAUCGGGGGGCGACCAUCCUUCGUCCUCUCAUCACAAACACACCAACAGGUUGGCCCAAGAGCGAUCGCCCUAUCUGUUACAGCAUGCUCACAACCCUGUCGACUGGUAUCCAUGGGGACAGGAGGCCUUUGAAAAGGCAAAGAGGGAAGACAAACCCAUCUUCUUAUCAGUGGGCUAUUCGACGUGCCACUGGUGUCACGUUAUGGAGAGGGAGUCGUUCGAGGACGAGGAAAUUGGAAAAAUCCUGAGUGACAACUUUGUCUGCAUCAAACUAGACAGAGAAGAGAGACCCGACGUUGACAAGGUCUACAUGACGUUUGUACAGGCAACAAGCGGAGGUGGCGGCUGGCCCAUGAGUGUGUGGUUAACUCCAGACCUGCGACCUUUCAUCGGAGGCACCUACUUCCCCCCAAGAGACCAAGGAAGAAGACCCGGCUUCAAGACGGUUCUGAUGAGAAUCACUGAACAGUGGCAGAACAACCGAGCGGCUUUAGAGUCCAGCGGGGAAAGGAUCAUCGAUGCUCUAAAGAAAGGCACCACCAUCGCGGCAAACCCAGGAGAAAGCCCCCCCUUGGCCCCGGAUGUUGCUAAUCGCUGCUUCCAGCAGUUGGCCCAUUCCUAUGAGGAAGAGUACGGAGGCUUUCGAGAAGCUCCCAAGUUCCCCUCACCAGUGAACCUGAUGUUCCUCAUAUCCUACUGGUCGGUGAACCGCUGCACCUCAGAGGGGGUCGAGGCGCUCCAGAUGGCCAUGCACACACUGCGGAUGAUGGCUUUGGGAGGCAUCCAUGACCACGUCGCACAGGGUUUUCAUCGUUACUCCACAGACUCCUCGUGGCACGUUCCUCACUUUGAGAAGAUGCUGUACGACCAGGCUCAGCUGGCUGUGGCUUACAUAACUGCUUUUCAGGUAUCAGGUGAGCAGUUCUAUGCAGACGUGGCCAGGGACAUACUGCUCUACGUCUCCAGGGACCUGAGUGACAAGUCCGGAGGCUUCUACAGCGCCGAAGACGCCGACUCGGUCCCGGCAUCAGGGGGACAAGAAAAGCAAGAGGGGGCCUUCUGCGUCUGGACAGCCUCAGAAGUCAGGGAGCUCUUGGCAGACGUUGUAGAGGGCGCGGUGGGCGCUGCCACGCUCGCCGACAUCUUUAUGCACCACUAUGGAGUCAAGGAGCAAGGCAACGUUGCACCUGAACAGGACCCACACGGGGAGCUGCAGGGGAAGAAUGUGCUGAUCGUCCGUUAUUCAGUCGAGCUAACAGCUGCUCACUUUGGCCUCACGGUUGAGAAAGUCAACGAACUCAUGACCUCGGCCAGAGCCAGAAUGGCAGAGGUGAGGAAGAGUCGUCCGCGGCCCCACCUGGACACCAAGAUGCUGGCUUCCUGGAACGGCCUGAUGCUGUCCGCCUUCGCUCGGGUCGGGGCCGUGCUGGGAGACGAGGCGCUGCUGGAGAGAGCGGUGCGAGCGGGCGACUUCCUCAAGGAGCACCUGUGGGACCCCGAUCAGCAGAUCAUCCUCCGAUCUUGUUAUCGCGGAGACCAGAUGGAGGUGCAGCAGAUAUCUCCGCCUAUCCGCGGCUUCCUGGAUGACUACGCUUUCAUCGUCUGCGGCCUGCUGGACCUGUAUGAGGCCACGUUUCAAACGGAGUGGUUGCAGUGGGCCGAGGAGCUGCAGAUCAGGCAGGACAUGCUGUUCUGGGACGAGCAGGGAGGAGGCUACUUCUGCAGCGACCCCAGCGACGGCGCGGUCCUGCUGCGACUGAAAGAGGAUCAGGACGGAGCAGAACCCAGUGCUAACUCCGUCUCGGCCUCCAAUCUGCUGCGCCUGUCCCAGUACACCGGGAGACAAGACUGGCUCCAGAAGUCCCUGCAGCUGCUGGCAGCGUUCUCCGACCGGCUCACCCGGAUCCCUAUAGCUCUACCCGAGAUGGUCCGGGCUCUCAUGGCCCAGCACUACACUCUUCAGCAGAUUGUGAUCUGUGGCCAGAGGGAUGCUCCGGACACCGCGGGUCUUCUUGCAGCUGUCAAUUCCCUCUUUUUACCAUUUAAGGUUUUGAUGCACACUGAUGGCAGUCCAGAAAGCUUCCUAUGCCGACGUCUGCCCGCGCUGUCCUCCAUGACCCAGCUGGACGGUGCCGCCACGGCCUACGUGUGCCAGGACUUCACCUGCUCUCUGCCCGUCACAGAACCCCAGGAACUACGGCGGCUACUCCUGGACAGGACCCCGGUGCUGGGGACUGACUGACGUCUGAAGGACAGGCUGCGUCCCGCGGAUUUCUGCUGCUUUCUGCUGUUUUCUGACUUUACCCUCAGUGAAGACCUAAGCUUUAGAAAGUUCUGAGCUGCUUCGACUGGAGCUGGUGCUGAGCCUUGCAGAUAAAGUGACUAAAUGCUUCCCACAGGUUUUCUUCCAUGAUUCUCUCGUGUUUAGCUUCAUUCGUCUGACCAGCUUUCUCGUCCCUGCUGAGAAGAAGCAUCCCCACAGCAUCCUUGAAAUGUUGAGUUUCAAACAAAACCACGUACUUCACACAGUUAACCCUUUUAAAAAGGAAAUUGGUUGUACUUGAUUUUUAUUUAGCGGCAUCAGAGUAAAAGGGGGCUGAAUACAAAGGCUCAUCAGACUUUUAUAUAUAGAGAGUUUUUUAUUUGUAAAGCAUAGUUUGCCUUCCAGUUCAGUUGUGUGCUACUUUGUGCUGAUAUGUCGUAUAAAAUCCCAAUAAAAUGUGUUAAACAUUGUAAUGAAGACUUUUGCAAGGCGCCGUAUUAUGCAAACAUCCUCUCGACAGCCGUUGCAGAUGUGCAUCCCCAGCACGUUUUAUGCUCCAGUCUCUGCGUCAGCGCUCCUGUUAAAACGUGCAACACUUGUACAAAAUACUGAGGCUUGACUGUAAGACUAGAAAUAAAUGCCAGACCCCUAAUGAAACACCCUGACGUGAGCUGUGUAGGAAUUCAUUUGAGCCAUGCUAUUGUCCCUUUAUCCAGAUCUAAAGGUGGAAACCAGUGUGUUUUUUUGUUUGGUAGCCAAUAAAAAUAACUGUUUCGUGUACCAUUUUCUGUAAGUUAAUCAUAGCUCACAAGCAGCUCUUUGCCAGUAGCCACAUCACUAAUUUAAUGUUUUUUUUUUCUCCUGGCGAAGACAUAAAAGAAACCAGCAUGCAUAAAAAUUGUACUUCUUCUCUCUUUGUUUAUUUAAUAAACUAAUUUUCUCUCUUCGGAACUGUAA